AAUUUGACAUUUGGUUUUCAUUAAUACCGGCCGGUUUUAGUUUUAUUCAAAUAAUUUGAAUUCGAAACUGUAGUAAACUAUAUAAUAAAUAAGUAUUAAAAAAGUUUGAGCACUAUUAAACGGAAGUGAAUUAAUACCCAAAAUGGCUGAUCAAGGGUUUUUGAAAGAUAAAGCAGGCUAUGCCACUACUGCAAUUCAUGCCGGUCAAGAUCCAGAAAAGUGGAAGUCUGCUGCUGUUGUACCCCCUAUAGUUACUUCAACUACAUACAAACAACCAGCACCUGCUGAACACUUGGGCUUUGAAUAUGGCCGAUCAGGAAACCCCUCCAGAAAUACACUAGAAGAAUGCUUGGCAGCAUUGGAAGGUGGCAAAUAUGGCGUCACUUUUGCUUCUGGCCUUGGUGCUACCACAACAGUGGUAGCGCUACUUAGUAAAGGUGAUCAUAUUGUAUGCAGCGAUGAUCUCUAUGGUGGCACCAACAGACUAUUCAGAAAUGUAGUAGCACGCCAGGGCAUCGAAACCACUUUCACUGACUUUACAAAUAUUGAAAGUAUUGAAAAGGCUAUUCAAGAAAACACCAAGAUGGUCUGGAUAGAAACACCGACCAACCCUCUUUUGAAGGUUGUGGAUAUUGCUGCCGUCACUGCUGUUGUUAAAAAGCGCGGUAACAUUAUAGUUGUUGUAGACAACACAUUCCUCACGUCUUAUUUACAAAGACCCCUAGACUUCGGUGCAGAUAUUGUAAUGUAUUCACUAACAAAAUAUAUGAAUGGGCAUUCAGAUGUUAUCAUGGGCGCAGCGAUAUUGAAAGACCCUGUAAUAGAAGAAAAACUUAGAUUUUUGCAAAAUGCUAUGGGAGUAGUACCAUCACCGUUUGACUGCUACUUAGUAAAUAGAAGUUUAAAAACGUUAGCACUUCGCAUGGAACGUCACAGGACGUCGUCAUAUCUCAUAGCUAAAUGGCUAGAACAACACCCCAACGUAAUUCAAGUAUUACAUCCAGGCCUCGCAUCGCAUCCACAAUAUGAAAUAUCGAAAAGACAAACGGGUGGACAUUCUGGCGUCUUUAGUUUUAAGCAUUCCGGUGGUUUGGAAGAAUCACGAAAGUUUUUAAGUUCCUUAAAAGUAUUUAUAUUAGCUGAAAGUUUAGGAGGCUAUGAAAGUUUGGCAGAACUACCAUCAGUAAUGACUCAUGCGUCAGUCCCUGCACAGCAACGUCUCGAACUCGGUAUAACUGAUUCGCUGAUAAGACUUUCCGUUGGUUUAGAAGAUGCGACAGACCUUAUCGACGAUUUGGAUCAAGCUUUUAAAGCUGCAUUUUGAAUAUCAAUAACAAUAUAGCCCAUUAUUACCUAUUGUAUUAAUUUAUUCACUGUUCAUAACAAACGUAUAACGUUUGUAAAUGUAGGUACCACAUAUAAAUGUUAAAGCAACAUUUAAAAUUCUAAUGUGGAAAUGAAUAAGUACGCCGGAAAUAACUUUACAUAGUUCAAUUGAGGGUAAAUGUUACGUGUUUGGUGUAUAAUAUAUACCUAUUAAGUUAUCUAUUAAUGCAGUGUUCCGCAUAGUGUGUGCCGCGGCACACUGCUAUAGCGCGGUCUUUAGUUGGUGUGCCGCGGAAAAUUUAAAAUAGAACCUUAUUGUUACAUUAAAUAAGGCACAUAUUUCUCAAUAUACACACUGUAAAAAUUGUACUUUAUUUGGUGUACCAACAAAACGUCAUGAUUUGCUUUGAUUUCUGAGGUGUACCUUGAACACAAAAAGUAUGCUGAACUCUGUAUUAAUGGUUUAGAAAAGCCGUGGUUCAGGAUCGACGCACG